AUGAGCAGGUUCAAUCCAUACACAGACAACGGAGGAUCCACCCUCGCCAUUGCAGGUCAGGAUUUCGCCGUCAUUGCAGGUGAUACACGCCACACGGCCGGCUAUAGCAUCAACACACGCUAUGCGCAACGCGCCUUCAACAUCGGCGACAACGUUGUCGUUAGUGUUGUUGGAUACAUGGCAGAUGGCCUGACUCUCAUUAAACGCCUACAGCAGCGACUCGAAUGGUACCAUCACCAGCACAAUAAACCUUUGUCUGUGCAAGCUGCUGCAAGGCUCAUUCAGACCAUGUUGUAUGGGAAACGGUUCUUCCCGUACUACGUGCAUACGAUCGUUGCUGGGUUGGAUGAGAAGGGUGUCGGUGCAGUGUACUCCUUUGACCCUGUUGGUUCGUAUGAGCGGGAACAAUGUCGUGCAGCAGGUGCAGCGGCGUCAUUGAUGAUGCCAUUCCUGGAUAAUCAGGUCAAUCUCAAGAAUCAGUAUGAUGAGCAAGGGCAGCCCAAAGCAGCAACACCGCUGCCGCUGGAUAAAGUCUUGAGUUUGUGUCGCGAUGCAUUCACUAGUGCGACGGAAAGGCACAUUGAGACGGGCGAUGGCUUGGAGUUUGCCAUCAUCACGAAAGACGGUGUGCGUUGGGAGAAUGCGCCUCUCAAGCUGGACUAG